GGACUUUAGAGUUAUUUUCCCAAUUUAUUUUUGAUCGCCAGACGUAAACAAGCGUCCCCAUGGUGCGGUGUUUGGCACUGAAACUCAUCCCACCUUCAAGCUUCUGAAAUCGAAGAAUUGAACCUUUUUCUUCGGAGAUCAGAGUUAUUGGCGCCUCCUUGCCUCCUUCAGAUUCUGAAAUCGAACUUUGCUGCCGUCGCUCUGGCUUCUUGUCGUUCUUCGUUCGCGUUCUGCCGUUCUCGCCUCUGCUGCGUUCCGUCAUUCGUAGAUGCUGUCGAUCGUUCUUCCAUUCCCGCCGUCUCCACUCUUGCAAUCUGCAGACUCCACUGGCAUGCCCUAAACUUCAUCACUCCCGUGAACUCGCUUUCACAUUAUUGUCUGAAGUCAGCGUGGCUCAGUCCAUCAUUGAAGUUCGACCUGGCUCUGUUCGCGUCUGGAUCUGCGCACUUGUCACGUUAAGAUUAAACGUUCUCGCAGUCUCUUGACUCUCAGCCUCUCUCAGUCUCGCGGUCUGAAGCCCGUUGUUCUCGCAGCCUGAAGCUUGUUGUUCUCGCUAGUCUCCGACAUCAGAUCUGCUGCUUAGAUAAGACGAGUACUAAUGGGCAGCAACGACAAUGCAAAUCUAAUGGAUAAGUUCAUCGUGUAGGAGCCAUUUGAAUGGGAGGAGAUUAUAUUGAAGCCUUGACUGGUGUCUUUGUCAUUUGAUGCUGCUAUAUUGUAUUGUUCAAUUUUCAUUUUGCGUUACUGUCAUUGAUGCUACUCUGAUUAUGUUGUAAUAAUUAUUUAGAUUUAUUUUUAUUUGGAUUUAUUAAAUUGUUAUAAAAAUCAAGUUUUAUAUAAAUAACAUGUAGCCUUUAAAUAGGAUCUGUGCCUGUUUAACCUACAUUUAUAUAGGCUUUGGUAGGCUCAAAGCCUACUUAAGGGCUUCAAGGCCCAGUUCCUUGAGCCUUUUUAAAGGCUUUCAUAUUAAGAGACAUAUAAAAAGGCUUUAGGUCACGCCAAAGCCUGAGCCUAUUUCACUAAAACGUGGCCUAGCCUGUCUUGUUCCUAACCCUAUUUAGAAAGUAGAGUUUGCAUUGGAGAAACUGAGCAUGGGAAGCGAAAAUAAUGUAAAACAGGGGCACAAUGGGGUACCUGCCUCAAACGUGCAUCCUUCAUUCGUCAAUCAAUGCUUUGCAUCAUUUACGCUGAUUUUGAAUGACAAAAAUCAGUAUGAACACUUCCUAAGUGCCAUGCUUUGAGCAGACAACACAACUAGCAAAGUCAUGGAGUUUUUCCAUCUAUUCUAGUGUGUGUUACCUUAUAAAUAUUUAAUUAUUGUCACUUGGUCUAUUGAGUUGUAUUAUAUCACAUGAUCUGUGAUUAAUCGUCGAUGAAACCUGGCCUUGCUUAAAUCACUUUGUUUCGUAGAACCAUUUCUUUCUUUGUUUCUGUCAAUAAUAAAAUUCUUGUAAUUUAUCUGCCUACAUUACUGAUUUGGUAAUUUUAAUAUCUAAUUUACUGGCCAUGUUGUUUCUUGGCAAAAGAGUAAUAUAUUUUUUGGGUAAAGAGGUCAUAAAAUUUUCAGUUUCUGCUUGGAUGGAGUUCACCUGUUCACACAUAUAAUGUUAGGAAGUGUCUGGGGAUUUCCCCCUUCUAUAUUGGGUCGUUAUCCUAGCCUGAAAUGUGCAUGUGCUUCCGAGUUUCUAUUGAGUCAACAAUGGACACUUGUGUACAGAUGUUGAAGGUUGUACUGAUAUGGGUUUAGAAAUUUCAGAUGUCUAAAGCUAAUGAUGUGGAAAACCCUUCUAAUCCCAAGGUUCAGAAAGGUACUGAUGCCCCGUUGGCCAGUGGCAGUAUCCAGGGAAAUUGGUACAGUGUAUUCCUCCAACAAUUUUCAGUAUAUGGUAUUGCUGCUGGAUACUGCUUAUCUGCAUCUCUGCUCUCAAUCAUCAACAAAUGGGCUGUCAUGAAAUUUCCUUAUCCUGGGGCACUAACUGCCCUCCAGUACUUCACCAGUGCGGCUGGUGUCUUCAUUUGUGGACGGUUCAAGUUCAUUGAGCAUGACUCUCUGGACCUAUUGACCAUGUGGCAGUUUCUACCUGCGGCUAUCAUCUUCUACUUAUCACUUUUCACCAACAGUGAGCUGCUCCUCCAUGCCAAUGUGGAUACUUUCAUUGUAUUUAGAUCUGCUGUUCCUAUUUUUGUUGCAAUAGGGGAGACACUCUUCUUGCACCAACCAUGGCCAUCCCUUAAGACAUGGCUGUCAUUAGGUACCAUCUUUGUAGGAAGUGUGGUCUAUGUGCUGACUGACUACCAGUUCACAUUUAUGGCUUACAGUUGGGCUGUGGCUUAUUUGGUUAGCAUGACCAUAGAUUUUGUUUACAUAAAGCAUGUAGUUAUGACCAUUGGUUUGAACACAUGGGGUCUUGUGCUGUACAACAAUCUUGAGGCUCUUCUACUUUUCCCAUUGGAACUGCUAAUAAUGGGUGAGUUGAAGAAGAUCAAACAUGAAUUCUCUGAUGAGUCUGAUUGGUACUCUUUUCAAGUGGUUUUGCCUGUGGGAUUGUCUUGUUUGUUUGGUCUAUCCAUCUCUUUCUUUGGAUUUUCCUGCCGCAGGGCGAUUUCUGCAACAGGAUUCACUGUUCUUGGCAUAGUGAAUAAGCUGUUGACUGUUGUCAUUAAUUUAGUAAUCUGGGACAAGCAUUCAACUUGGGUGGGCACAGUGGGACUCUUGAUUUGUAUGCUUGGUGGGAUUUUUUAUCAGCAAUCAACAAGCAAACCAAAGGCUCCAAAACAAGUUACUGCACAGGAGAGUGAUGAGGAACAACAAAAGCUGCUUGAGAUGCAAGGUAAUUCAGAGACCAAUAUCAAGGAAAAUGAAACUGCUAAAUCAUAGGAGUAAAUCAGACAGAUUAUUUUUACUUCCAACAAUUGCAUUAUUCCUUGUUAAGUGUACAUUGGUUGCACAAUUAUGUGAUGCAAGUUAUUCUUUCAAAUUUCAUAGAUGUGAAUCCACGAUUCUUUUGCUGCGUUCAA